GGGUGGUAGAGUUGACGGGGCAAGUACAAAUAGCAUCAUUGAAGCCCGCCAGGUCGGCGGCGGUGUCAUCGGUUUGAGGUAAACCCUGCCUGCAUGUCCUAGAGGCACCAUGUGGAAGUGCAGGAGAUGUGAAAAGCCAGUGUACUUUGCUGAGCGAAAGCAGAGCAUGGGGUUUGACUGGCACCCAGAGUGUCUGCGCUGCAGCGAGUGCAGCAAGAGGCUCAACCCUGGCCAGCAUGCAGAGCACAAGGGGGCGCCGUACUGCCACGUGCCGUGCUACGGCGCUCUGUUCGGGCCACACCUGUUCGGCCACGGCACGCACGUGGAGGCGCACGCGAGCUUCGGGCGGCGCGGCUCGGAGUCGGAGACGGCGCGCGAGCUGGCCGACCGCCAGCUGCUAGAGCGCCAGCUGAAGGCCUACAACAAGUACCACGAGAGCAGCCGCACGCAGAUCCACAGCAGGGAGAGGAACGGCCGCCUGAUCCUGGACGGCGUGCUGAAGCUGUACUGGGGAGUCAACAAGCUGCUCCAGUUCAAGGAGGAUGACGACCAGCGGCCCAUCGUCAGGAAACGCAUGUCGCAGUUCGUGGAGCCGACCCAGCGUAGCCUCGACUCUGAUUCCGGCUCGGACAGCGGCUCAGCGCCGGCCACGCCCGUCUCCUCGCCGGCGCACGGGCACGCGCGUAACCAGAGCGUCACGCCGCACGCGCUCAGCCAGCUGGCCAGCGUCACGCCGCCGCCGCCGCCGGAGGCGGAGACGAACGGUCACGUGGUCCCCGAAGACGGCGUGGAGAAGGGUCAGCUGGAGGUCAGCGAGGUGGAGAACUGCAACAAGGAGGGGCCUUCCCCGGCCGCCGUGGUGGACUCGUCGCCGACGGACGAGUCCACCACCGAGCCUCCCCUCCGGCAGCCGGCCAAGUCGCGGGUCAUCCGGCGACGGCCGGGACGGCGCAUGAACAAGACCAAGAUCAAGCGUCGCUGCUCCAUCAACGGCCACUUCUACAACCGCGAGACGUCGGUGUUCACGCCGCCGCACGGCUCCGGCCUGUCGGUGUGGGUCACCUCGCUGGUGACCUCGCGUGAGAUGAUCGACAUGGUGCUGGAGAAGUACCGCGUCGAAGACCGCGCCGACAACUUCGCCCUCUACAUCGUCUGGGACUCGGGCGAGCGGCGGCGUCUCCGGAGUGACGAGUACCCGCUGCUGACGAGGAUCUCCAGCGGUCCGUCGGAGGCGGCCGCCCGGCUCUUCAUCAUGGACCGGGAGACCACCGCCGAGAUCCGGAGUGAGGUGGCGCAAUACAUCAACCUGACCGAUGUGGAAUGCACCGCCAUCUUGCAGAAGUACAGGGAGGAGGAGGAACGCCAGCUGCAGCGAAUUAAGGACAAGUUCGCCGAGAUGAGGGAGCGCAUCAAGAGCCGCAUGCGGGAUCUCAAGGUGCAGCUGUGAGCCGGCUCCGUCGGCGGCGAGGCGCAGCGCCGCCGCGGCCGGCCUGGGUCGCACAUAGCGCUGACGUCACGGGCCGUGACCAAGUGCCCGCACUCAAGAGCUGAGGCUAGCUUUCUGAUUGGUUGCUGUCGCGAUAUUGUUUUUGUACAAGACACUGCAGCAUGACUCGUGCCAUGAUUUCCGUAGUCGUUGCGAGGCUGGCGCGCGUGGCUUCUUCCAUUGGACGCUUCCGUAUGGUUUGGGGAGGUGGUCUGCGUGUCAGUUGUGGAUCCGAUGCUCGCGCCCUCUGCUACGGAGGAGCCUUUACGUAGCGAAGAGCGUGGCGGACUGGCGAAGGUAUCUUAUCGCUGCCUGUUUUCGGAGACGAAUGUGUCGUCUCAAAGAACUAAGCCCAUUCCGACGGAUGGCAGAUUGGGCUUAGUUCGCUGUCUAACCCGCUGGGGCAGUUCACGGAUUGGUUACCGGAAGCCAGUCGCGGGCCGUAGGCUGCCCGUUCUGCUGUGAUUGCGCGCGUUGCCGCCAGGUGUCUCGUGUGGAGGCGUGGAGUGAUCGGCCCGGAGACGCGAGACGGAUUGGUUCUGGGCGGGAUCGCCCUCGCCGGGGUCCGUGGGAUCGUCACAGCUCUUUCCUGCGGCCGGGCUCCAGCCGAGUGGUGCCCAGCCGAGUGGUGCCCCUCCUGCUCCGAGGAGGAGGAGCAGGAGGAGGAGGGAGCUGCCCUCUGGUCAGCGAC